ACAACUGAGUUGUCACUUGUCACCUUGUCACUUAUUGUAAGUUGGCAUGGCGUGGACGUGUUCUUGUAGAAAUUAAUUUUCUAAGCGAUAUUUCAUCAUGUCGCUAAAAAUAAGCAGAGUACCAGAAAACAUAGAUUUUCCAAAGGAAGAAGAGAAAAUUUUAAAAUUUUGGAAAGAUAUCGACGCAUUUCAAAAUUGUCUUAAGCAAUCAAAGAAUAAACCCAGGUAUUCCUUUUAUGAUGGGCCACCUUUUGCUACUGGUUUACCUCAUUAUGGACACAUCUUGGCUGGUACAAUUAAAGAUGUUGUGACGAGAUAUGCCCAUCAAAAGGGAUUUCAUGUAGAAAGAAGGUUUGGUUGGGAUUGCCAUGGUCUGCCUGUAGAGUUUGAGAUUGAUAAAACACUGGGAAUUAAAGGUCCUGAAGAUGUUGAAAAAAUGGGCAUUGAUAAAUACAAUGCUGAAUGUAGGAAGAUAGUCAUGAAAUAUGCAACUGAAUGGGAAACGAUCAUUACUCGAAUGGGAAGAUGGAUAGAUUUUAAAAAUGACUAUAAGACACUUUACCCAUGGUUCAUGGAGUCAAUUUGGUGGGUCUUUAAAGAACUAUACAACAAAGGACUAGUGUAUCAGGGUGUUAAAGUAAUGCCAUACUCAACAGCUUGCUCAACUCCAUUAUCAAAUUUUGAAUCUGGUCAGAAUUACAAAGAUGUUGUAGAUCCCGCAGUUGUUGUGUCAUUUCCUACAAAUGAAGGAUACUCUCUACUUGCUUGGACAACUACACCUUGGACUCUUCCAAGUAAUUUAGCCCUUUGUGUAAAUCCAAAACUUAUUUACUUAAAAGUAAAAGAAAUAUCAACAGAGAAUGUCUAUGUUUUGCAAGAAAAUAGGCUGCCAGUAAUUUUCAAAAACAUUGAAGACUUUGAAGUACUAGAAAAAUUUCCAGGUAGUAAAUUAGCAGGGAUUAAAUAUACGCCGAUUUUCAAUUACUUUGUUGACAAAUGCCCUAAAGCUUAUCAGGUUUUAACUGAUGGCUAUGUUACUGAUGAUUCUGGAACAGGUGUUGUUCACCAGGCUCCAUAUUUUGGUGAAGACGAUUUCAGGGUUUGCUUAGCAGCUGGUAUCAUAACUAGGGAUCAAGAAAUUAUAUGUCCUGUGGAUGCUAGUGGUAGAUUUACUGAGCCAGUUAAAGAUUUUGUGGGACAACAUGUCAAAGAUGCAGAUAAAAAUAUAAUUGCAAAUCUAAAAGCACGGAAUAGGCUAGUGCAAGUUGGCCAGGUAAAACAUAGUUACCCAUUUUGCUGGCGAUCAGAAACUCCUCUUAUAUAUAAAGCUGUACCAUCGUGGUUUGUAAGAGUUGAACAGAUGAGUAAAGAUCUUUUAAAAUCUAGUGAAGCUACUUAUUGGGUUCCAGAAUAUGUAAAAGAGAAACGGUUCGGUAAUUGGCUCAAAGAAGCUCGUGAUUGGGCUAUCAGUCGUAACCGGUACUGGGGAACGCCAAUUCCCCUUUGGAUUUCAAAGGACAAACAAGAAAUUGUGUGUAUCGGAAGCAUCGCAGAACUGUCAGCGUUAACAGGAAAAGAAGUAACUGAUUUGCAUAGAGAAAGUAUUGAUCACUUAGAAAUUCCCUCUUCCCGGCCUGGUCAGCCUCCACUGAGAAGAGUAACUGAAGUGUUUGAUUGUUGGUUCGAAUCUGGAUCUAUGCCUUAUGCUCAAUGUCACUAUCCUUUUGAAAACAAAAAAGAAUUCGAUGACAUUUUCCCAGCUAAUUUUAUUGCUGAAGGAAUAGAUCAAACUAGAGGCUGGUUUUAUACACUUAUUGUGCUGUCAACAGCCUUGUUUAACAAACCACCAUUCCAAAAUCUAAUUGCGAAUGGCUUAAUCCUAGCCUCUGAUGGACAAAAAAUGUCUAAGCGAAAAAAGAACUAUCCUGAUCCUCUUGAAGUCGUAACCAAAUAUGGAGCUGAUGCAUUGCGUCUCUACCUAGUUAAUUCGCCCGUGGUAAAGGCAGAAAACCUGAGGUUUAAAGAAGAAGGCGUAAGAGAUGUCAUAAAAGAUGUUUUUCUGCCUUGGUACAAUGCCUUUAGGUUCUUGAUGCAAAAUGUAGAGAGAAUUGUACAAGAAGACAAUAUCGACUACAAGUUUGAUGAAAAUACAGCAAGGGAUAAUGUGAUGGACAAAUGGAUCACGUCUUUUACUCAGUCAUUGAUUCAAUUUGUGAAAAAAGAAAUGGCGGCCUAUCGAUUAUACACUGUAGUUCCAAGACUGACUAAAUUUAUUGAUCAUUUAACCAAUUGGUACGUUAGAAUGAAUCGAAGGAGAUUAAAGGGAGAAAGUGGUGUAAAAGAUUGUAAAGUUGCGUUAGAUACGCUUUUCGGUGUCUUGUUUGAUAUGAUUCGUGUGAUGGCGCCAUUUACGCCUUUCCUGACGGAGUUAAUGUACAAGACCUUACGACAACUUUUGCCUGGAGAUUCUUUGGACAGUGUGCAUUUUAAUAUGAUACCUGAACCUAAACAAAAUUUGGUAGACAACAACAUAGAGAGAGCAGUUCAACGAAUGCAAGCAGUAAUCGAAUUGGGUAGAGUUCUCAGAGACAGAAAAACUAUACCCAUAAAGUAUCCCUUGCCUGAAAUGAUAGUUAUACAUCGCGACGAAACUUAUUUGAAUGAUGUAAAUUCACUUCUAAGUUAUGUUCUGGAAGAAAUGAACGUAAAGAAAGUGGAACUCACAAGUGACAAAGAAAAGUAUGGAAUUACACUUAGAGUGGAGCCGGAUCACAAAAUACUUGGAUCACGCCUGAAAGGAGAUUUCAAAGCGGUAACCCAAGCACUGAAAAGUCUUAACAAUGAGCAAUGUGAAAAACUCAUUGCUGAUGGCAAUGUUGAACUAAUUGGACAAAAAAUUGACCUAUCAGAAGUAAGGGUUAUAUUCCAAGCAUCUGGCAACGAUCAGUACGAAGCACACAGCGACAACGAUGUUCUGAUUCUAUUGAAUGUUACUCCAGACCAAGAUAUGCUUGAUGAAGGUUUCGCUAGAGAAAUAAUUAACAGGGUUCAAAAACUCCGAAAGAAAGCACACUUAGUACCGACAGACGAAGUAGAUGUGUUCUUUUCAACUACCAAAUCUGGUGACAUUUCACGUAUUAUUAACUUGCACCGAGAACUAAUAGAAACUACAGUAAAAGCGCCAUUAAAGCCCAUCGAGUCGCUUACAGCUUCGAAACCUGUAAUUAUUGAAGAGAUACAAGAACUCAAAGGAGCUGAAUUAAAAUUGGUAAUAACUUGGAGAAAAGAUGUAGAAAUGCCGGCAAAUCCUUGGGCUAACAUUGUUCUUCAAGGUUUGCAGUCUCGACUUGGUGCUGAAACAAAUAAUGCUAGCAUUGUACUUACGGAUAAAGAUGGUAAAUAUAUAACAGUGGAGAACCUAUACAAUGAAAUUAAAGUCCUGUUUGGACUUUAUGGCACUAAGUUCACACUAUGGUGUGACGGAGUCGAAGUUAAAAGUACUAAUAAUAUGAACGCGAAAACCAUCAUUGUUUCACCGACUACCCCCAAAGUUAUAGAAAACAAGGCGAAUCCGUUCUGUAAGUUUAUAAACAUUGCUAAUGGGUCUAAAGCUACUACCUUAUUUUUGGAAAAUCCACAAGGCAAAGUAACAAUGAAUAAAGAACAAGCAUUGAAAUUCUUAUCUAAUUAUUUUGGUGUUCAAGUGAAAGAUGUCGGCACAUUUACAUAAUAUGCGUCACUGUGAAUUCAAUAAAAUCUGUUGAAUCCAUAAUGUAAUAAUUUUUUUGUAAGUAAAGCUUGCUGUUGUAUUCUAUCUGUAUAGCUUGUUGGACCAGGGUCAUAUACGAACUUUUUGGCACGUGAAUACCAAUGAUUAUUAGGGUUGUAAAAUGUGCGCGUCCUAAACGGCAAAAUCGACGAGAAGUCGGCACAAAAAAGAUUGUGAAUCAUGUCACUUUUUAAUUUUUUUUUCAACGACAAAUUAAUUUUGAUACUUGGUAAAAAGUUCGUAUUGGCUGCCACGGUCUGUGGAUUAAUUUAUUUAAUAAAGUUUUACAAUGAACGUUUUUUUUACUCUAA